AUGGAAGCUCGCGGGGAGCUGGACCCGUCCCGGGAAUCCGCGGGCGGAGACCUGCUGCUGGCGCUGUUGGCGCGAAGGGCUGACCUGCGCCGAGAGAUCCCGAUGUGUGCAGGCUGUGACCAGCACAUCUUGGACCGUUUCAUCCUUAAGGCUCUGGACCGACACUGGCACAGCAAGUGUCUCAGAUGCAGUGACUGCCACGUACCUCUGGCUGAGCGCUGCUUCAGCCGCGGGGAGAGUGUCUACUGCAAAGAUGACUUCUUUAAGCGCUUCGGGACCAAGUGCGCCGCGUGCCAGCUGGGCAUCCCGCCCACGCAGGUGGUGCGCCGCGCCCAGGACUUCGUGUACCACCUGCAUUGCUUCGCCUGCGUGGUUUGCAAGCGGCAGCUGGCCACGGGGGACGAGUUCUACCUCAUGGAAGACAGCCGGCUGGUGUGCAAGGCGGACUACGAAACAGCCAAGCAGCGAGAAGCCGAGGCCACCGCCAAGCGGCCGCGCACCACCAUCACCGCCAAGCAGCUGGAGACGCUCAAGAGCGCCUACAACACUUCGCCCAAGCCGGCGCGCCACGUGCGCGAGCAGCUCUCCUCCGAGACCGGCCUGGACAUGCGCGUGGUGCAGGUGUGGUUCCAGAACCGCCGGGCCAAGGAAAAGAGACUGAAGAAGGACGCGGGCCGGCAGCGCUGGGGACAGUAUUUCCGCAAUAUGAAGCGCUCCCGCGGCAGCUCCAAGUCUGACAAGGAAAGCAUCCAGGAGGGACAGGACAGCGACGCCGAAGUCUCCUUCACUGAUGAGCCGUCCAUGGCUGACAUGGGGCCUGCUAAUGGCCUGUACAGCAGCCUGAGCGAGCCUGCCCCUGCGUUGGGCCGGCCUGUAGGAGGCCUGGGCAGCUUCGCGCUGGAGCACGGAGGCUUGGCAGGUCCGGAGCAAUACCGAGAGCUGCGCCCCGGCAGUCCCUACGGCAUCCCCCCAUCUCCUGCAGCCCCCCAGAGCCUUCCUGGCCCCCAGCCUCUCCUCUCCAGCCUGGUAUACCCAGACACCAACUUGGGCCUUGUCCCUUCAGGGGCCCCAGGUGGGCCCCCACCCAUGAGGGUGCUGGCUGGAAAUGGACCCAGCUCUGACCUGUCCACAGAGAGCAGUGGUGGCUACCCAGACUUUCCUGCUAGUCCUGCCUCCUGGCUGGAUGAAGUGGACCAUGCUCAGUUCUGA